CCGUCCAGUACUUCUGACUCGGAGAAGUCUUUAGUAGGCGGCUCUUGCAUCAAAGCCCUUCGCCAUUACUUCCGGUGUGAUCGGUAACGGCGAUUUCCGUUGUGCUCAUAGCUGUCGGCGCUCUGCUAUAUACUUACAAACUCCGCGAGUUAGCUCCAGACGCCAGUAGUACGGCGCUCGAUCUCAGUUUGUAUCUCAAGCAGACACCCUCUCGUGUCCGCUGUUGUGUCUGACGCUCCCUGCCGUGCUGAUUACACUCAGCGGCUCAGCCCAUUUUCGUACAAGAACCAACCGGCACGAUACUCGUUACGCAAAGAGUUAAAUAUUUCGUCUGCCUUUCUGCCGCCAUACUUCUUAUCAGAAUCCUCCGGCAGGUCGAAAUGCCUCGCGAUUCUUGGACCAUAUCCAGGCGUGGCGGACCCGUUAGGCGUCUCAGAGCACCUCGAGAAAUGGGCUCUGUAUUUCAUUACUUCGCAGCGCUUACUAUUCUCUCACUAUACAUAGUUUCACCAGCAGCGUCUGUAAAUCCAAGCACGUCGGCACCUGCCCCUUACACCACUGGUGGAACCCCCGGAUCGCGUCUUCGCGGUGGCGGCGGUGGAAGCGGUCCGACGCCAGAAUCAAGAAAUUCAUCGAUCAAAGCAGGAAGCAGCACCGUGAAAUCUCCCGGCGACAAACCUACUGGCGUCAAACCUACUGGUGUCAAACCUACUGGUGUCAAACCUAGCAGCGGCAAUCUUAACGGCAGCAAGCCUACUGGCAGCAAGCCCACCGGCAAUUCUAACUCGACGAGCGUUCCCGCGCCCAAAGGAAGCCCGACAAAGACGGCGGCAAAAUCGGUGGUUAAACCGGCGACAAAUGCGGCGGCAAAGCCGGCGGACAAGCCGGCGACAAAGGCGGCGGACAAGCCGGCGGCAAAGGCGGUGCCAAAGCCGGCGGGAUCGGCGGCUCCGAGCGCCAAGAAGCCGGCGACGGUACAGAGCGGCGCGAGCGGGCUUCCGCGCCAACGGCUAGUUGGCGCACGCACGAGCGCGGGAGCUGGGGGAAGCUCCGCGUCGUGGCUGGCGCAAAACGGGGGCGCGACGUGCGACAUCUCCGUCGGCACGUGGAUUCCCAGCAGCGCGCGCCCCGCGUACGCGUCCACGUGUCCGUACAUCUCGAGCAAGUUCAACUGCGUGGCGAACGGGCGGCCCGACGGUGGUUACCAGCACCUGCUGUGGCAGCCGCGCGACUGUAACAUGACGCUCUUCUCCCCGCUCCUCUUCUCGCUCAUGUUUCAAGACAAGACUCUGGCUCUCGUUGGCGACUCCAACGCCGAGUACCUCUUCCAGUCGCUGCGUUGCCAGCUCGCCACGGGCCUUCAGACCGAGACUGUGAACGUGACGGCAGGAACAGAGGCGUUCCGAGUGAUUGGGUCCAACACUCUCGUGCUGCUAGUUGACGCACCCUUCCUCUCCUACGCUUCUCCUGCUGUUCAAACCCUCCAAUACAAGGCCAGCACUUGGAACGUGCAUCUUGAUGUGCUCCACCCGACACUGCGCCAGAUCCUCCCACAGGCCCAUGCCGUCAUUUUCUCUUCGGGCUCCUGGUUCCUGUCGCCCAACCGCGUGUACUACAGAAACGGCCGGCCACUCGCCGCCCAGAUAACUGGCCUGCAGGCGCACAGCACUGUGCUCGGUGCACUCUCGGAUUAUCUCACAGCGCUGAAGUCGGGCGGCGGCAGUGCGCUGGAAACUACUAGAGCGGCAGGUGCAGGUGGGGGUGCGAAAGAAGCAGCAGCAGCAGCAGGGGUGGCAGGAGGAGCAGGAGGAGCAGGGGCAGCAGGAGCGGGGAAAGCAACAUCGGGAGGAGUGGUAACCAGGAAGCAGUUGUUAGCUGCUGAUGGUGACACCAACAGCAGCAGCAGCAGCAGUAUUCAGUCAGGAGGCUCGGUCCCUCGCACCUUCUUCCUCUCGAUCCCCCCCGCCCACACGCCCAACACCUUCCGCUACCAAGACACCUCCUGUGGGGUCUUCGCCGAGCCUCUCUCUGAGCCGGACCAGGCCUUUGCCGUGGGCCGGAGCGCCGAAGCUGCGUGGACAGCCUCGGAACGAACCGCGCUCUCAGGCUCGGACAUCCAGCUCCUGGACAUCCUAGGCAUGGCGAUGUACAGGCCUGAUGGACACGUGGCGAGAUAUGGUUCGAAGGGAGGCAUGGGGGCAAUGGACUGCGGCGGGUGGUGCUUGCCUGGAGUGCCGGAUGCAUGGGUGGACAUGUUUUUCCACCUCUAUGCGAGCCCCACUGGGGUGCAGCAGGUGCUGCUGGGUCUGGCGAGGGCAGUGGGGGCAGCAGCGGUGGGGGAUGUGUGCUGGCAGGUACCCAGAUCAGCAGAGACAAUCGCAGGGUAUGUCUAGGGGAGAGGGGUUUUGAGGCACCUCGAUGCACCAACCAUCACUAUGCAAGUCCCACUGGCAUUCAGCAGGUGCUGCUGGGUAUGGCGAGGGCAGUGGAGGGAGGCAGGAGCGGUGGGGGAUGUGUCCUGGCGAGUGCCCAGAUCAGCAGAGACGAUUGCAGGGUUUCUCUAGGGUGAAAGGCGGACACUGGGAGAUGCUAAUUUGCCAGCCCUGGAAGGCAGUGGGAGCAGCAGCGGUGGGGGAUGUGUGUGCUGGCAGGUGCCCAUAUCUGCAGAGACAAUCGCAGGGUAUGUCUAGGUAGGAAGGAGUGUGGGAUGUUGGGGGGAGGAAUCACUACCCCUUCGAGGGCCCACUCGGAAGGAGCGGCACUACCAAGCUGAGGGGGAGGAGGAAUGGCUAACAAGAUGGGUGCAUGAGUGGACAGGGCUUUUAAACCAGGUACAGGGGGGGUGGGGGGGUUUUAAGGCAUGAGCUAGUGAGUCAGAGGCUUCUAUGUGUAGGUAGAUGGUUGUUUCUUGAACAACCAGGUUUGACUAGUGGAGUUGCGCAUAUAUGCAGCAGGUGUAACGAUACACCUGAAAGCUGCACCUUGUAGGCGGUGUUUCCAUACGACUGCUGGGGUUUUGCCUGAUUGAAAAAACGUGGCUUGCGCAUGGUCCAGGGUGUAUGCCAAUUUCGCAGUGUAGUAGAUUCCAUUAUGUGAUACCAU